AGGUGGAAUCAUGCCAAAUCCAUCUCCGCCAAGCCAUCGGCGCGCGGUGAUAUGAUCUCCCCUUUGAUUGGUUGGCCCCGCUAAGCGAGAGGGUGAUCUGAAAGGCUCCUUGGUAUCCCAACGUCACCCUUGUCGCGUUAUUAUAUAUGUCCUCCGCUCCCUCGCGUUCGCCGUCAACCCUUUAACCCCAUAAAGCACCCUCGCUCUUGUCAACGUAUUGACCCCAUCUCAUACCGCUUUUUCUCACGACACUUUAGAAAAAGAAAGUUCACAAUCGUCAAAAUGACUGGAGGAAAGUCUGGAGGCAAGGCCAGCGGCAGCAAGAACGCCCAAUCCCGUUCGUCCAAGGCCGGUCUCGCGUUCCCCGUUGGUCGUGUUCACCGUCUUCUCCGCAAGGGUAACUAUGCUCAGCGUGUUGGUGCUGGCGCUCCGGUCUAUCUCGCUGCUGUUCUCGAAUAUCUUGCUGCCGAAAUUCUCGAGUUGGCAGGUAAUGCUGCCCGCGACAACAAGAAGACCCGUAUCAUUCCCCGUCAUCUCCAGCUCGCCAUCAGAAACGACGAGGAGUUGAACAAGCUUCUUGGACACGUUACCAUCGCCCAGGGCGGUGUUCUCCCCAACAUCCACCAGAACCUUCUGCCCAAGAAGACUCCUAAGAGUGUUAAUGGCUCUGCGUUUUUUUCGUACUUUUUAGCUUUUAGUUUCAUGGUUGUACAUUAUGUCUACGGACAUGGAAUGAUACCGACAGAAUUAUUCAUGGAUUCAAUCUUUCGCGAAAUCCUGCUAUUUGCCAAUUCGAUAAAUUUAGUAUUUUCAUUACCCUCUCAGAUGCGGUCUGUAAAGGGGAAUCCGGGAUCUACGUUCCCUGGCCAAGCCGGUCUUGCAAGUGGGAUAUUCCGCUCUUGUAUGCGGCUAACAGGUAUGCUAAUAAUGAUAUUUAAAUGACAAUCAGUGGCCCGCAGGCUGUGCAGCAACUAGUGUGGAUGUCAGUACUUAAUACGAACCAAACACCGACUUUAGACAGCAGAGCGCAUGAACUUACGAGGCAACUGGGGCGCGGGAAGGUUUCUCUCCCAUUUGCUGCCUGAAGAAGA